AUGGAUUCUCCUUAUGUUCCUCAAGGAAGAUCAAGACGUUUUGUUGAAGAAGCAACAAAUCAACAUCAUUUUCGGGUUGGAAUUUUUUUAAGAGUGAUUGAUUUGCUUCUUCAAGAACUUGAUGAUCGAUUUAAUGAGAGGAAUAUGGAGAUACUAAUGUGUAUGGCUUGUUUAAGUCCUAAAGAUAACUUCUCAUCCUUUGAUAAAGAUAAGGUACUUAAACUUGCCUCUUUUUAUCCCGAAGAAUUUUCAAGCUUUGAUUUGAUGACUCUUGAAUGUCAACUUGAUAUAUUCAUGGAGAAUAUGCUAAAUGAUGAAAGAUUUCAAGGUUUAAAUGACCUUAAUUCUCUUUCUAUGAUGCUUGUUAAAACUAAUAAGCAUAAGACUUUUCCUCUUAUUCAUUUGCUUAUCAAGUUGAUGUUGAUUCUUCCGGUUGCCACGGCAAGUGUUGAAAGAGUCUUUUCCGCAAUGACAUGUGUAAAAAAUAAGUUGCGAAAUAGCAUGGGUGAUCAACUUAUGAAUGAUUGUUUGGUCACUUUUAUUGAGAAGGAUGUCUUCUUAAGAGUUUCCGAUGAAAAAGUUGUUGAACGCUUCCAAAAUAUGAAGACUCGAAGGAUGAAAGUGUAA